AGUGCUGUUGUUUUAAUUUGACAGUGGAUGUUACUGUCCUCAGAUCAGUCAGCUGAGACUCUACUGAUCUGACUGACUGUGGAUCUUUGAGGAAAACAAACAAACAACAAACAAGCAUGGAUGACUUCCUGAAGGCGAGCAGCGCUGCAGCAAAGACCAGUUUCCGUGGCAACCAGAGAGUCCACGUCGUCCUGGGCAGUGAGUCAUGUGACCUGGACUCUGUGGUGUCGUCGUUGGCGAUGGCCUACUUCCUGUCCAGGACGUCGUCUGGUCUUUCAGGCGGUUCUGUGGUUCUUCCGGUUCUCAACGUUCCUCGGUCUCAGCUCCACCUGCGAGCCGAUGUCCUCCUGCUGCUGAGGGAGUCCGGCGUCGCCACGGAGACCCUGGUGUUCAGAGACGAGGUGGAUCUGGCGCGUCUCCAUGGUGACAGGAGGCUGGCGCUGACCCUGGUGGACCAGGACGUCCUGCCAAGUACCGACAGCGUCCUGCAGGGCGCGGUGGUGGAGGUCAUCGACCACCAUCAGAGGACCGCCUCCUUCUCCUGUCCUGUCGCCGUGGAGACGGUGGGAUGCUGCGCCACCUUGGUAACGGAGCGGAUUCUGUCCAGAGCGCCUGAUAUCCUGGACAGACAACUGGCUCUGCUGCUGUACGGUGUGAUGGUGAUGGACAGUGUCGGUACGUGGACGGUCAAAGACCGUCAGAUGGUCCGACUGCUGCAGACGCAGUUCCCUGACCUGCCACACAGCGGUGCUCUUCACACCUCCCUGCGCUCAGCCAAGUUUGACCUGUCAGGUCUGUCCACAGAGCAGAUCCUCCUGAAGGACAUGAAGCUGGUUGCCGUCGGCGACGUGAGAGUCGCUGUCAGCAGCAUCUACAUGAGUCUGGAUUUGUUUUUACGCAGGACGGAUCUGCAGCAGGAGCUCUGCCACGUCUGUCACGCACGCAGGCUGGACGCUGUGGUCGCCAUGACGAUCUCCUUCAACGACCAAUCAGACGAGCCCGUCAGGCAGUUGGCGGUCUACAGUUUCAGCUCGCAGUACAGGCAAGAGAUUAGCCACGCCCUCUUGAACAGCCAGAGCCCCUCCCUCUGCCUCUCACCUGUCGUCAGCCCAUAUAAGGACAUCCUGGCCUAUCACCAGGGCAACGCACUGGCCUCUCGCAGAAAGCUCCUUCCUGUCCUCAACCACUUCCUGUCUGAGAGGCGGGAGUUAGAGGAGCAGCUCGACCAAUCGGAAGUGACGAUCUGUGACACGUUUCCUGUCAGCAGAGACGACCAGCCUCCUCUCUCCAUGUCUCGUCACCACCGCCGGCGGCUGCAGGUGCAGCUGGGAGCAGAGGAUUGUGGGAACCUGGAGGAGGACUCCAGGAUGACGCCGUCGGCACCAAGGAACAGUUUGGUGGAAGGCUGCCUGCUGGACGGUGGCUUCAACCAGGAGGCGCUACUGGAGAAGUUCAGGAGGAUGGAGCGGGAGGAGGAGGAGGAGGAGGAGGAGGAUGAAGAGGAGGAGGAGCAGUAGUAAAGAGCUAAUUUAGUCCAGUGGUUCCCAACCUAGGGGUCGGACCCCUCCACAGGGUCACCAGAGAAACCUGAGGGGUCGUCAGCUAAUUAAAGGGAGAGAAGAAGAAGAAACGAAGUUCUCAUUCAUAGUUUUGGACCAAUCUUUGAUUUUUUUUGUUAAAAUAUUGGAUCAUUUGACGUCUUUGGGCCUUUUGUAAGAGGUCACAAGUAAGAGGUCACAAGGUCAGGAGCCACUGAUUACAGUUUUAAAAAAGUAUUAUAUUUUAUAGGAUUAUCAUGUAUCAAGUAAAAUCUGGUUCGGAAAAGUAACUAGUUACUCUCCGAUAAAUGUAGUGCAGUAAAAAGUACAAUAUUUCCCUCUGAGAUGUAGUGGAGGAGACGUAUAAAGUAGCAGAGAAUGGAAAUACUCAAGUAAAGUACAAGUGCCUCAAAAUAGUACUUGAGUAAAUGUACCUAGUUACUUUCCACCAGAGAGAAACACACAGUCGUCUAGAAAACGUGGUGAUGAGGAGGAUUCAAGGUGAGGAAGGUUUAUCACAUCUCAUACACAAAAACAAUUCAGAGCUUUAAUAAAACAUUAAAAACAGCAUUAAGCUCCGGUAGGAACUAGUAAGUGGCCCUUGAGUGAAGAUGAUCUGUUGAUGUUCUUCAGAUUCUUUGUUUUAUUAUCAGACAGUUGAAACGGACAAAGAGAUGAAGAUUAAAACUCCUCUGGACGACCAAAACAAUCAUCUGCUGAUCAGUUUAUUGAUUCUGAUAUUUUAACAACGUGAUUGUAAAACUUUAAUAAAAUCAUGUAAUUUUCAUGUUUUUAA